AUGGCGGCGGCCGGCGGUCCCGUGUUGUGGCGGCGGCUCUUGGGCCUGCUUCCCCAGGGGAGGCUGGGCCUGGCCGCGCUGCUCGGGCGCCUCUCGGACCGGCUGUCCCUCGGCCGGGACCGGCGCUCCCGGAGAUCAUCAUGGCUGCUGCUGGCCCCAUUGCUCGCCCCCACGGUUCCUCAGGUCACAGCCCCAUCGUUCUGCGUGUGUCCUGAGGGAAUGCACAGGUUCCAGUGGAUCAGGAACCUGGUUCCAGAGUUUGGGGUUUCCAGCUCUCACAUCCGGGUGCUCUCCUCCCCGACUGAAUUCUAUGAGCUCAUGAAGGAACAGAUAAAGGCAGCCAAGCAGCGAGUGGUGGUGGCUUCGCUGUACCUCGGAACAGGACUUCUAGAACAGGAGCUAGUGGAUUGCAUAGAAGAAACACUGGAGAGGUCACUGCAGGCAAGUGGGCCCUCUGACUUCAGAGUUUCCAUUCUCCUAGAUUUCACAAGGGGAUCUCGAGGCAGGAAUAACUCUCGGACCAUGCUACUUCCACUGCUGAGAAGGUUUCCAGAGCAAGUUCGUGUAUCCCUCUUCCACACUCCAAAUCUGCGUGGGCUUCUCAAAUGCUUAAUCCCUGAGCGUUUCAACGAAACCAUUGGGCUGCAGCACAUCAAGGUUUACCUCUUUGAUGAUAAUGUGAUCCUGAGUGGUGCAAACUUGAGUGACUCGUACUUCACCAAUCGGCAGGACCGCUAUGUGUUCCUGCAGGACUCUCCUGAGAUCGCAGAUUUCUUCACUGAACUAGUGGAUGCAAUUGGAGAUGUGUCACUGCAGUUACAGUCAGAUGAUACAGUCCAGAUGAUGGAGGGGAUGGUGCAUCCUUACCAAGGAGACAAGACAGCAUAUUGUGAAGUGGCAAAUAGGAGAGUAAUGGAAGUGAUCAACGCUGCCAGGACGCGACAAGAACUCCACAUGCAGACUUUUCAUGGAAGGCGUUCAGAAGGAGAUCCAUUAUUGCCCCAGCAAGACCCUAGUGCAGGAGGGGACCAAAAACCAGAACCGGACACCUGGAUUUAUCCACUAAUUCAAAUGAAACCCUUUGGGAUUCAAAUAGAUGAGAGAGUCACAGAGACGUUGCUGACAGAGGCAGAGCGAGGUGCCAGAAUAUACCUCACCACUGGCUACUUCAACCUCACACAAGCCUACAUGGAUCUUGUUCUGGGCACCAGAGCACAGUAUCAGAUUCUACUGGCCUCACCGGAGGUGAAUGGGUUCUUUGGUGCCAAAGGGGUGGCAGGUGCCAUUCCUGCUGCCUAUGUUUACAUUGAGCAUCAGUUUUACAGCGAGGUGUGCUGCCUUGGCCAGCAAGACAGGGUCCAACUGCUGGAGUACUCCAGGAAUGGAUGGACUUUCCAUGCUAAAGGCCUCUGGCUGUACUUGGCAGGAAGCAGUCUGCCCUGCCUGACUCUGAUUGGCUCUCCUAAUUUUGGGUACAGGUCGGUUCAUCGGGACCUGGAAGCUCAGGUUGCAAUAGUGACAGAAAAUCGUGACCUGCAGCAGCAGCUCCAUCAGGAGCAGGAGCAGCUUUAUCUCAAAUCAGGCAUCGUGUCCUCUUCUACAUUUGAACAGCCAACCCGCUAUGUAAAGCUGUGGGUGAAGCUGGUAACACCUCUGAUUAAGAACUUCUUUUGAAAGGAGCAAGAAUCCUCCUCUGGAUUGAAGGUCCAGACGUAGGUGGGGCCUCGCAUGCGAGUCUUGUAGACCGGGCACUCGUAGACGUUCUUGGUGUCCAUACGGUCCACA